GCUGAGCGAUUCUGGGUGGCGGCGGCGCAGUGGCGGCUGAGUCCCCUCGCACUUCUCCGCUGGUCGCCGGCAUCCUCCGGUCCCCGCCCUCCCGGAGCCGAGCCGGGACUGGCAGUGCGCGCGGGUGCCCGGAGGCCCGCCCCCAGCGGCGGCGCGGAGCCUGGAGCUGGCCGUGGUGCUGACGCGAGGCUCGGGCGCGCACUCGCUGCCUGGCUCGGGCGCUGCCGCGCCCUGCGACACUCCCCAGCCCCAGCGUGGCUAGAACACUGGCAACAUGGAGCUGAGGAGGGGAAAGACCUUCAUCAAAUCCAGCGUGCAGAUUUCCCACGAGAAACUCAUAGACUCACCAGUCCCUGCACCAGCCAAGGAGGACCCAGGCCCCUGGUCACUCUCACUGGGAGGGCAGCAGAGAUCCUAUGGCGAGAAGAGCUCCCAAACUAGUCCCUGUGCCCAAGGGUAUGGCCGCUGCCCCAACAAGGAGAUACUGUCUGAUCCUGAAGGGGAUCCGGGGCCCCUUGGUGGAACCACCUUCAAACUGGUGAGGAAGAGCAAGACCCAUGACAACGUUCCGGGGGCCGCGAAGGCAGCAGCCCCUUCAGGGCAGAUGGUGGGCAGCACAAGCUUCCCAGAGACCCCUGGGGGUCAGCGUAUGAUUGACUACCGCCACUUCGUGCCCCAGAUGCCCUUCGUGCCAGCUGUGGCUAAGAGCCUCCCAAGGAAAAGGAUUUCCCUGAAAAGGUCCAAGAAGUGCUUCCGAAACCUGUUUCACAUCCGCCGAAGCAAGACUGAAAACCUGGCCUCACUGUCAGCCAAGGCUAAGAACCCAUCGUCCCCCGGGGUCCCGCUGGGGGCUGCAGCACAAGGCAAACCCUUCCUCUCCACGGGGGAGGGGCUGGGGCUGGACAGCCUCUGCCAGGACCUGUCUGACAGCGAGCUCCUUCCUGACUCACCCUUUGACCUCUGCAGCGCCCUGUGUGAGGAUGUGGCCUCCCUCAAGAGCUUCGAUUCGCUUACAGGUUGUGGGGAGAUCUUUGCAGACGGGAGCUCGGUGCCAUCUGUGGAGCUGAAAGAAGGCCCAGAGAGCCCAGCCCGUUCACCCCAGGCUCUGGACAGCAAGACUCCCCGUGGCCCCUCCCAAGGGAGUGUGGAACAACUCGCGUCGCCUGCCCAGAACGAGGCAUCGGACUUCACUAAGUUCUGGGACAGCGUGAAUCGCUCCGUGAAGCAGCAGCAGCGUGCCCUGCUAGGCCCGUGGUUGACGAGCCCCCAGGGGACAGACGCAGACCGGCCCAGGCUAGACACAUCCGGGUUAGCGGAGCUACCCCUUUUCCCUUGCAGGGGUCCCCCCAGCGGCUCCAAAGCCAGCUCCGUAGACACGGGUACCCCCAAAAGCGAACAGCCGGAAUCUGUGUCCACGAGCGACGAAGGCUACUACGACUCCUUCUCACCCGGCCUUGAGGAAGAGAAAAAGGAAGCUGCGAGCCCGGGCACGCCUGCAGCCGCCUUCCCCAGGGACAGCUACAGCGGGGACGCGCUCUACGAGCUCUUCUAUGACCCCAGCGAGGCCCCCGUUGGCCCAGUCCUGGAUGACGACCUGUGCGUGUCUGAGAGUCUCUCGGGGCCUGCCCUGGGCACCCCGCUGUCCAUGUGCAGCUUCCACGUGGGAGCCGAGGAGAACCUGGCGCCAGCCCCGGGCCCUGACUUGCUCAGCCAGGGCUUCCUGCAGAGUACCUGGAAGGGCAAGGAGUGUCUGCUGAAACUGUGCGACACAGAACUUGCCAUCACCAUGGGCAUUGUCAACUGGCUGCGCAGGACCCCACCUGCCCCCGCCUCCGCCCCUGCCCCCGCCUCUACACCCGCUCCUACCCCUGCCCUUGUCCUUAGGGAGCCCGCUGCCCCACCUGACCCCCACAGGGUCCUCAGGGGACCAGCGGUGACCCUGGAAGGCAGGGAAGAUCAGGCCGUGGCAUGCUUGCCAUCCAGCAGGCAGGAGCCCCGGGCACACCCAGGAACCAAAGACGUUCUUGUUAGAGAGCGUGAGGCCCAAGGGGAGUCUGCAAGGGUUGCUAAUACCACAGCUAAGGAUGGCCCGCUGGAAGAAGGGGCACAAGGUCUCUCUGAGGGCUGGUCCUCCACCGCAGCUGCCGCGACAACGGGCAUUUCCAGGAAAAGCAAAACUGUGAACCCUGGCGCCUGGCCCAGCUCUCAGAAGGAACUGAGUACUCCUGGGGACCUGGGGCGUUCCCAAGGCCCCUUAAAACCAGGGCAUGCGGGAAGCGCUCUUGACCCAGGGCGCAUGCUUGUAGGCUGUGUGGCCCGCGUGGCGACGCUGCAGCUCUACCCAGACAGCCGUUCUCCCGGAAGGGAUAGUAGGGGCAGCGGGCUCUUUUGGAAGCCUCAGGCCUGGGGUCCCAACGCUGUGCAAAAGAAGCCGACUAGCAGCAACCCCAGUGGGGCAGCUGUCUGUGGCCUCUCUUCCCCCAUCAGCCCACAAGACCAGAGAUGUCACGACCUUUUCCUGGACCUGAGCCAGCUCAAGUUGGAACCCUCCAAGCUAGGCAGCCAGGCCUGUGCUUCUGUGGACAGCCAGCCUCAGCAGCUUAGCCCCAGGUCUCUAGAGCAGGUACCACACAGGGGUUCAGUGGGGUCCUGAGCUACUCUGUGCUCCUGAUGCCCAUUAAAGCCUCUGUGUGGCUAUCACCCAGAAAUCCUGGGCCUUUCCUUGGGCAGCAAACAGUGGUAAAUUGCUCUUUCACAUGUGCCACAAAACAUCGCCAGUGCCCUCCUGGCCUGACAAGGACUUCUUGUGGGUAAUCAGAAGUAGGGGCUUACAAGCCAGCA